AUGCCUCAGGUUGAUCUUGAAACCCUGGUCUCCGCCUGCGCAGGCGGAGGAGCUGACCGGAAAAUCGCAUGCGAGACAUUGGCUGAAGACGGAGCCGGCGACGACAAGGACGAUUCCGACGACGUCGAAGAAAAGGAAGUGACUCCGGAUUUUCCACCGGAGUCGUUCUGGCUAUCAAAAGAUGCCGAGUUUGACUGGUUCGACAGAAACGCUUUCCUGGAGCGGAAGGAGUCCACGAAAGGUAUCAAUCCGAACCCGACGACGACCCACCCGAGUUCGAAUUCGGGCUCCCAGAGGUUUUUGAAGCCCAAAGCUUCCAUCAUCGGGCUGCCCAAAGGUCAGAAGACGACCUACGCCGAGUCUAAACGGAGGACGUGCAAUAAGCCGGCGAAUAUCCGGCUAUUUCCGCCGAGGCGGACCGAGUCUAUAGGAAAACCGGUUGCCGAACCGUCGUCUCCGAAGGUUUCGUGUAUGGGAAGAGUAAGAUCGAAGCGCCGCCGGAGAAGAUCCUCUUCCAAGAGGGAGAAACCGGUGGAAAGAUCCCGGAGCGGCCGAGAGAACCGGAAGCUCGGGUUCUAUUCCCGGUUCGUAUCCAUGUUCCUGUCAGACCGGAAUCAUAAAUCGGCGAAGAAAGUUGAAAAGGAACGAAAGGGGGAGCCGCCAGUGCCUGCCAGGAAGAGCGUGAAGACAAAAAAAGCUCGUGAAAUUCCGAUAAGUACUGAACCGGUGGCUGAGCCGCCCGGGUUGGGGUUGAUGAACCGGUUCGCAUCCGGGCGGAGGUCGCAGUCGUGGGGAGCGGACGAAAUUAGCGCGGUGAUUUCGGAGACUUUUGACGCAGACGCUGCUCGGGUGGGACCCAAAGCGAGAAAUUGA